AUGGUUUUUGCCGCCUUGGACGGCGGCACGGAGGACGCUUCGACCUGCUCCUCGCGUGCAGCCGAUCGUUUACGCCCCAUCUCACGGACUUUGAGCAGCGCACGCGCGCGUGUGGAAAGAAGAGACUGGCCCCCUUGCUUUUUUUCUGAAGUGCCCGAUCAAACCCCGAUUGAUGAACCUCCGUGCGUCGUCGUUCUCUUUUCAUCCCCACGUCGCGUCUUGAAAACGAAAGAGGCCUGCAUGAGUAGUAGCGCAGCGCCGACCAACGAUGCAGAGGCAAAGCAGCGUGCAAAGCGCGAGCGCUUAGAAGCUUGGCGGCGUGAGCAAGCAGAGAAGAAACGCGCCGCGGCUGAGGGAGCCGCGCCACCAAAAAAGGCAAAAGUCGAUCCAGUUCCACCGCGUGUGCACGGGGGCUUUCGUAGUGCGACCUUCUCAGCCAAGCCUGCUGCAGCAGUACCACGCAUACGACUAGGCGUGUUUGGCGACGAUGCGGAUGAGCCACUUCAAAAGCCACAACGCAGGUGGGACCUGAGUCAAGACGACAAACUGUCUUCGCGAAGAGAAGCUACAAAGGACGCAGAUGAGGAUCCAUUAGAUGCAUUUAUGAGCGAGUUACAAGGCCAGGUACAGGAAGAAGAGGCGCAACACUCUGCUGCACCAGAGCUCCUCAGUGGCGACGAGGAGGACACCGCAGAGGGGGCUGUGAGCGAGGAGGAGGAGAUUGAUUUGGAUGCCAUGCGGCCAGAAGACAUCUUGGCAAUGGCAUCCAAGCGGCAUAAAAAGAAAGUACUCCCGGCUAUUGAUCAUGCAAGUGUAGAGUACGAGCCGUUCCGCAAGGCCUUUUAUCAUCCACCGGACGAGAUUGCCGCCCUCUCCGAGGACGACGCAGAGCGUAUGCGCCUGGAGCUUGGCGCUAUUUCUGUGCGUGGCAAGGACUGCCCUGCCCCGAUUACAAAAUGGUCGCAUUGUGGACUGCCUGUGACGUGCUUGGACGUGAUCAAGAAGCUCGGCUUCAACUCACCAACGCCCAUCCAAAGCCAAGCGAUGCCGGUCAUUAUGAGUGGUCGUGAUAUGAUUGGUGUCGCGAAGACCGGGUCUGGUAAGACCAUGGCCUUUUUACUACCCAUGUUUCGCCACGUAAAGGACCAACGUCCUUUAGAGUCAGGCGAAGGGCCCAUUGCCCUUAUUCUCACUCCAACGCGAGAGUUGGCUGUGCAGAUUUACCGCGAUGCUCAGCCGUUCUUGAAGGCGUUCCAUUUGCGUGGGGCCUGUGUGUAUGGAGGCACACCGAUUUCGGAGCAAAUUGCAGAGAUGAAAAAGACGGCCGAUGUCGUGGUGGCUACGCCGGGCCGUAUGAUUGAUUUACUUACAGCCAAUGGUGGGCGUGUGACGAAUCUGCAGCGUGUGACGUACCUUGUUCUUGACGAAGCGGAUCGCAUGUUUGAUUUGGGUUUCGAGCCACAAGUGAUGAAGAUUGUCGGUCUCAUUCGUCCUGAUCGGCAGACUGUGCUCUUCUCUGCGACGUUCCCCAAGCCGAUGGAAAGCUUAGCGCGGAAAAUGCUACGUCAUGAGCCGCUGGAAAUCACGGUAGGCGGACGAAGUGUUGUUGCCCCGGAAAUUCACCAGGUGAUUGAGGUACGACAGGAGCCCACAAAGUUUUUCCGGCUUCUGGAAGUGCUGGGCCAAUUAUACCACAACGACGAGGAUGCACGUACGUUGAUCUUUGUGGAGCGUCAGGAUGCUGCCGACGACCUUAUGCAUCAAUUGAUCAAGCGUGGGUACCCUGUCAUGUCAUUGCAUGGCGGCAAGGACCAAGCGGAUCGCGAUACGACCAUCGCUGACUUCAAAGCGGGCAUUGUCCCUAUUCUCACGGCUACGUCGGUAGCUGCACGUGGCUUGGAUGUGAAGCAGCUCAAGCUGGUCAUUAACUACGACGUGCCAAAUCACUUGGAAGACUAUGUGCACCGUGCAGGGCGCACAGGGCGCGCAGGCAACCAAGGCACAUGCAUUACGUUCAUUACACCCGAGCAGGAUCGGUAUGCCAAGGACUUGGUAUCUGCUUUGCGCGCUAGCAAAGUCGAGGUCCCCCCUGCCCUGGAGGCCCUUGCGAAGCAGUUUAAGGAGAAAGUGGCCAAAGGCACUGCACAUGCCUCGCGCUCUGGCUACGGUGGUCGUGGACUGGAGCAGCUGGAAAUGGGCCGUGAGCGCUUGCUGCAAGCGCAGGCUUCGAUUUACAUCGAAGACGAGCAGGGCGAUCCAGAGGCUGUAGCCGCUCGCGCUGCUGACGAGACACAGCGGCUCAACGAGGCGGACAUCCAAGUGCGAACAGGUCCUGUCCCUGAAGCUGUGCGAGAAAACCGGCAGCCUAUGUAUACAGAGUCCGAUCACUUGGCGAACCAGGCGCGUUUGGAUGCGGCACGAGCCGCUGGCGCUGAUACCACCAAGCUACAGGAAGUCAUUGCGCGCAUCAAUGCAGUAUCGAACAAACGUCGUGAAGAGCUAGAGAAUGCACGGAAAGCGCGAGAUCCGGAUGCGACGAAGUUCCAUGCGAUUUUCCCUAUCAACGACUUCCCGCAAAAAGCCCGGUGGAAUGUAACCAACAAGGAGACCAUGGCGAUGCUGAUCGAGUCUACUGGGGCAGCAAUUACCAACAAGGGUGCUUUCUACGAACGUGGUCGCGAGCCGCAUCCUGGCGAGCCGCCCAAGUUGUCGUUGCUCAUUGAGAGCAACGAGAGUUUCCGUGUGGAGAAUGCCAUCCGCGAAAUCAAGCGACUGCUGCUGGAAGGUACACAGGCCUACCUGGACACGGAGACACGUACGCCGUCCGCAGGUGGCCGGUACACGGUGGUAUAA